AAAGAAGAUUGGUAUGUGUGUUCACCGAUCCGUGAGGAGCGACUCAAUGACUCCCGAAACAUUUUUUGCUCUUAUCGGUUUUGUUGUUCAUAUUCUUUUGAUCUCACAAUACGGCCCAAUUUCAAACUCGUGACUUUUCUUUUGUCUUCAGGCUAUGGCCACAUCGUUCCACAGACUCAAAUGGGCAAGGUGUUUUGCAUAUUCUUUGCCUGUAUUGGCAUUCCUUUUACGCUCUACCUCUCCUCCCGUGUUUCGAUUGCGCCCAACAAUUUGGAUUUGGUUGACGAGUUGCGUGCACUUCAGACGAACAGUGCUUCGCGAGCACGCCUCGUUCACUUUCUUUGUGUGGUCGUGCUCGAUGCCAUAGUGACCAUGUUCCUGCCGGCCUAUAUCUUUAUGAUUAUUGAACCUGAUUGGACUUACAUUGACGCCAUCUACUUCUGUUUCAUUUCCCUCACCACUAUUGGUUUCGGCGACCUCGUGCCUGGCGGCGACAACUCGCACAAUCCAGCGCGCGAAUUCUACAAAAUUGCAUCUAUUGUGUAUUUACUCGGUGGAACGACGCUGCUCAUGCUGUUGGUUCGAGUGUAUGGAGAAAUGUUGGAGGCAGAGCGACGAGCAAAGCGUGACCGCCUGUUACUCGAGAACCUGCCCUCCCGCCGCUGA